AUGCGCCCAAAACUCACCAAGCGAGCCUGCGACGAAUGUAUUACCCGCAAAGUUAAAUGCAGCGGCGCCUGGCCCUGCGACACAUGCCGCAGUGCCCUAAAACAGGUGAAAUGCACAUAUCUGAAACCAGCGCGUAGAAGAGGUCCCAAAGUCAGACGUCAUACUGGCAAAAUUGAUUCUGAGAGUUCCGUUUCGGAGGCGGAUGCUUCUACAUCGUUGGAUGUCGGUGCUUCGAACGAAAGUCAUGAUGGACACAGGACGAUCUCUCGGCCAGUUCUCGAAACGGUGGUGCAUUGGUACCAGCAUUCAUCGUACAGUGUUUGGCCAGUAAUUGAUGCAGAGGUGCUUUUGCGGCGACUCGCGGGCGACAGCGGCCAUGACCCUAAUAUUUAUUGUCUCGCCACGGGUCUUUGCGCGGCGACGAUGGCGCAGCUGCAGCUCCCACCAUUGACAGAUGACGUACAAAUUGUUGAUUGUGCAGCGAUGGCGAGUGAGUGCAUGAGGUUGCGUGAGGCGAGCAAUUAUAGAGAAAAUCUCGAUAUGAAGAGUAUCCUUGUUUCGUUUUUCUUGCAUGUGUAUCAUGCGAAGAUCAAUAAGCGGAAUUCGGCGAUGAUGUUCAUACAGGAGGCUAUUUCUGGAGCGAGGCUUUUGAAGUUGGAUGAGUGGGACUGUGAGACGAGGGCCGGUGGUGAUGAAGUCAUUGCGAAUGAGGAUAUUUUGUUCACUCUUCUCUGGAUUUCGGAGAGGGGCUAUGCAAUGCAUCUUGGACUCUUACCAUCUUAUACGAGCCCGAUUCGCUUACCGGGAAUAUAUUCAGCAGGCAAUGAGCAUGCCCAAGGCUUACUGGAGCUAGCUAGGCUAUUCGCAGCUUUUGAUAGCGUCUCUCUCAAGCGGGGUACCGGUGCUUUGAACCCUGGUGUAAUCUCGACCGAUUGCCUUACGGAGACGGAAGCGGCGUUGUCCAUGCUUUCGCUAGGAGAGGGUGGCAGGGCGUCUGUCCGGAUGGCGGACUAUUGCAUUACUAAGGAAUGGAUGAGGACUAUCAUCUGGCAGGAAGCAUUGUCUCGACAGAUGUUAUCCUCCAAAGCGUACGCUGAGCUUCUUACAUUCAAGUUCCCAGCCCGUGUCAGUCGGGAUCUCUUGUAUUCAUUACAAGGUUUCUCCGAGUUUGAUUUGUUGCCUCUGGGUCGUGAUCAGGUAUGGUAG